UGUCGUGGCGUUUGGGCUGGUUGCUGACCGAGGAGGGACCGGAAGCCGGAGCUCGGCCGCUGACGCGCAGAGCCGCUUUCUCAGCGGGUGAGGAGCCGGCCCCCUGCCCAUCCCGCCGCGGGGAUGAGGCGCGCUGGGCUGGGUGAAGGAGCAGCUACUGGUAACUAUGGCUAUACCAAUAGUGGGUAUAGUGUACACGAAGAAGAAAAUGAAAGGUUAACUGAAAGUCUGCGUACAAAAGUCUCUGCCAUAAAAUCACUUUCCAUUGAAAUUGGAACAGAAGUUAAAAAUCAAAAUAAAAUGUUAUCCGACAUGGACUCUGACUUUGAUUCUACGGGUGGAUUUCUAGAUGCAACUAUAGGCAGACUGAAAACACUCUCUAGAGGCAGCCAGACAAAACUAUUGUGCUACAUGAUGCUCUUUGCACUCUUUGUCUUUUUUGUAAUUUACUGGAUUAUUAAACUGAGAUGAUGCAAAUUACAUCCAGUUUUUUUUUGUGCCACUUAAACAGAAUUACAAAAUGGUCUUAAUUUCUGAGGACAGACCUUAAAUUUACAUACUCUGUUGAUAAAUAUGGUUAAAUGGUUAUUGUAAAUUAUAUUAGAUAUCAGUGCAUUUGUUAUGUAUAUUUUGUCUUGAUGUUUACCAUUCCAGAAGCUUUCUUAUCCUAUCUCAUUUUCUGGGGUUAACAAAUGUUAUCCACUAUCCUAUGCAUAUUUACAUCUUGGCUCAAGUUACUUCUUGGGGAAGUAUCUUUGGAAAUGCAAAACAAACAAACAAACAAAUUAAAAACAUGCUCUUGCCAGGACAAAAUUUGAACCUUUAACUUUGAAUUUCCUUUAAUGGGUUUCACUUUUUUAAUAAAGUAAAAAAAAUUAUAAACAAAGUAGGGCCUGAUCCUGAGCAAGGACCUCAGCAUCAGGCUUGUAGCAAUUUGCAGAUUAUAGAAGUAUGAAAAAGGCUUAUACUUUUUUUAAACAGAUUUAUUGUAACAGAUUAAACCACCUGAAACUACAGGUACAGUACUGUCAUACUUGUAACACUUUGGGUCGGGAUUGGCAAGUUUCUAGAAGUAUCAUGGCUUAGAAUUUAAAAAUGAAAUUAAAAAAAACAAACCCACACACCUUGCAGGUUUAGGAGGAAUUAACUGACCUAAACUGGAAGAACAUUGGUUAAUUUUAAUUUGAGACCAAGUAAUGCUGGUCUACCCUGGGAACUUACAGCGAGAUAGCUACGUUUCUCAGCGGUGUGGAAAAAUUCACAUCCCUGAGACACAUAGCUAUGCAAGCCUAACCCCUGCUAUAGACAGCAUUAGGUGGAUGGAAGAAUUCUUCUGUUGACCUAGCUUCCACCUCUGGGGAGAUAAUGGCACAGCUCAAGGAACACAGCACAUGUAGUCAAGUCCUAAGAUGUAUUCAAUAUAAUCAAAUGCCUUUUGAUAGUUUGGGGAACCAGUAUGGACAAGAUGCAAAUAUUUGCAUAGCAUCUUUUCAUUAUAUUUUAUAUUUAAAUACUUAAAACGUACGGAUUCUAUUGAAUCCCUGGGGUUUUUACCCUUCGUACAUUUGUCAGUUAAUGACCUCUUAAAGCUACUUAGCAUUAUUUUGAAAUGUGAAGCCAGAUUGAUAAGCUUUUAUACUAGAGAGUAUUAUGAUGCAAGAUAGCACUAAUUACCUCUUUUGUUAGAGGUACUUUUAUUUAUUGUUUAAGAUUAAGCCUUAGUUUUGGUUAUUCUUAAAGAUAAAUUGUUGACUAGCAACUAUUACACUGUUAAAUGCAGCAUACAAAAUAGAAACCAUUUUCUAGAGAUUGAAGUGUUUGUUAUCCUUGCCUAAAUUUUCUAGACUCACUGUUACUGCAGUAUGUUGCCAUGACUUGUAGUACUCUAUCCCAUUACAAAAUGUAAAAAAUAAAGCAUGUCUGUGGUAUA